GAUGAAACUGAAUUCACUUCCGCUGGUAACCAAAAGCAGUCAGACGUGAGGGAUGUCAAAGAAAAUUAAAUGUGGAGAGAAGAGACGAUUCAGAAACAGGAAAGGAACCGUUUGACAAUACUCUAUUUAUAGAACGAAUAUAAUUUAAGAGAUCGUGGUAAGAAUUUAAAUAGACAUUUCGAAAAUAUCACUUUUUAGCUAAAUCUCCUGUUUUGUGGGUAAAAAAAACGAAAGAGAUGGGGACAAGAGCUAGUCGUUUACAAGAGGACCCAGUGUCUUCGGAUUUCGUCAAAGAUGGCAUAAAGCGGGAUUCCUAUCGACGACCCCGCUGCAAUAGGCCCGCCAGUCUUAAAAUAGACUUUUCGGGGAGUUUUGACGAUUCGGAGACCAACCGUAGCCGAUCGGAGGAGGGCAGCGAUUCGGACAUAGGGCAACAGGCGAGUGCCGUUGGAAGCCCCGCCGACCACAACAGCCACCCAUCCAUCAGCCAGUCAUCACCAGCGGAAGACAACAGCGAAUGCAAGCGCGAGGAAGACGGUAAUAGCAGUCCCGAGGGUGCUGUCAACGGGGAACAUCUGCCCGGAGAGGAGACAGGCCGCGUGUCUCACCGCACUUUCUCUGAACGUUUACCCGGCAAUCGACACUCUAACUGGCGCAACGUCAGCGCAAGAUCCGCACGAAUGAGAGGCAUCAAUCAACGCCCGGCGUCGGAGGCUUGGAUUGGCCUCUACCGUGUCAACAACCGACAUGAUAUCCGCUGUCCGUUCUGCUCCAAGUCUUUCUCGGGGGGCAAGAUUGAGAAUCACCUGUUGAGCUGCCUCACAUCUCCAUCUCUCCCUUACAAUGCGGACGUGCUCAGUAAGGACAGCGGUGAGUGUUCCAUCUGUCUGGAGGAGCUGCAGCAAGGAGAGACCAUUGCCCGGCUGGCCUGCCUAUGUGUCUACCACAAGGGCUGUAUAGACUCCUGGUCCAAGGUGAAGCCAUGCUGUCCCGAACACCCUUUUGAUUGACUCAUGGGUCACAUGUCCUGCUCAGGGACACACCUGACUCGGGAGACUGCAAUGUUUCUAUAAUUGCAGCAAAUAUAUUAUGGCAAUGAAAAAUACCAGAGGCAAGCCUCCUAAUUUUACUGAACCAGACACAGCCCCACAAGGAUGUCAAUGAAAAAUACCAGAGGCAAGCCUCCUAAUUUUACUGAACCAGACACAGCCCCACAAGGAUGUCAAUGAAAAAUACCAGAGGCAAGCCUCCUAAUUUUACAGACCCAGACACAGCCCCACAAGGAUGUGACCGCAGACCACUUUUUUUCUCUUCGACCUGGUUCAGUCCAUUUGAGCUGGUUCAGUCCGUUUGAGCUCAACUCAGACCACUAUAACUACAGCUGGAAUAGACAGCCACCUCUCCUCUGUGAACAAAGCCCAAACUAUAAACUGCUGCACUCCAGAAAAACGGUAAAGCGAUAUAUUAUCAUACAAGGUUGACAGUCCCGUGAAAGUCCUUUUUUUAACGCGAGGAGGUGAGGAAAAAUGUGUGUUUCUGUUGUCCCAUGCAUUCCUCUUCCCCUAAUGUGGACUUUUCCAUAUGGGAUAGGUCAUUUUUGUCUUAUGAUGCAGCAAAACAAUAUUGGGCAGAGAUUCACGUUCCAGUGAAUAAAUGUUUCUGUCCAUAAAAAAAAAACAACCCAGCUCUGAAAAUGUUAACUGUUCAUGCUUAAAUAUUGCAAUGCAUUGUUUUUUUUAUAGCCCGAUGUUGGAAAGCAGGGCUUUAUUUUGUGGAUGGGGUUGCUGUAGUAGUAGUGAUUGUAGGUGGUUUUCUAUUGUCGCCAUGAUACACCCACCAUCCCUCUCCUGAAAUGUGAGUUGAUUGUGGAGUUAAAAGCGGAUGAUGUUGGUUGGUGCUGAACCCACUGUGUUAGCGCCUUUUACCGCAACUACAGUAGGUUGUUGGCAUUUCCCAGGCCAUAGUACUGGUGUUAUGCCCAUACUGAGCACUUCUUACCCCAAGGCUGAGCACUUCUUAGAUAAGGUGUGCUUGACUGAACCACAGUUGCUAAUUUAGUAACAACAGUUGUGUGUGUGUGUGUGAGCGGUGUGGACAGUCAAUGUCCUGGAUGACAGCGCCCGACUCUGGACAGCAGAGGCGAACUGCAGACUUCUCACUGGCUGUGUAAAUGACAGGUGUGUGUGUGUGUUCUUAGUGCCCUUAUACCCUCUGGGUGAGAUUUGUUUUAACCCUAGUGUUGUUACAUGUCAUUUCAGCAAGCCAUAACACCCAACAUCUCAGAUUGUUCGGAAAUUGUUUCUCUGUAGUUAGUAACCGAUAAGAGUUCCUGACACUACUUGUCUGUCACAGAGAACUGAUACUACAGUGCCUUCGGAAAGUAUUCAGACCCCUUGACUUUUUCCACAUUUUUGUUUCGUUACAGCCUUAUUCUAAAAUGGAUUACAUUUUUUAAAAUCCUCAUAAAUAUACACACAAUACCCUUUAAUGAAAUAGCGAAAACAGUAUUAUUGUUUUUAAUUGCGAAAGAAAAUGUGUCAACAGAUAACUAACGUAUUCAGACCCUUUGCUACAAGACUGGAAAUUGAGCUCAGGUGCAGCCUGUUUCCAUUGAUCAUCAUUGAUGUUUCUACUACUUAAUUGAAUUUAACACAGAUGGAUUCCAAUCAAUUGGACAUGAUUUGGAAAAGCACACACCUGUCUAUACACGGUUCCACAGUUGAUCGUGCAUGUCAGAGCAAAAACCAAGCCAUGAUGUCAAAGGAAUUGUACGAAGAGUUCCAAGACAGGAUUGUGUCGAGGCACAGAUCUGGGGGAAGGGUACCAAAGAAUGUCUGCAGCAUUCAAGGUCCCCAAGAACACAGUGGCCUCCAUCAUUCUUAAAUGGAAGAAGUUUGGAAUCACCAAGACUCUUCCUAGAGCUUGCUGCCUGGCCAAACUGAGCAAUCGGGGAGAGGGGCAUUGGUCAGGGAAGUGGCCAAGAACCCGAUGGUCACUCUGACAGAGCUCCAGAGUUUUUCUGUGGAGAUGGGAGAAGCUUCCAGAAGGACAACCAUCUCUGCAGCACUCCACCAAUCAAGCCCUUAUGGUAGAGUGGACAGAUGUAUGCAUUUCUUUAGUAAAAGGUACAUAACAGCCUGCUUGGAGUUUGCCAAAAGGCACCUAAAGACUCUCAGACCAUGAGAAACAAGAUUGAACUCUUUGACCUGAAUGCCAAGCAUCACAUCUGGAGGAAACCUGGAUCAUGCUGUGGGAAUGUUUUUCAGCGGCAGGGACUGGGAGACCAGUCAGGUUCAAGGCAAAGAUGAACGGAGCGAAGUACAUCAGAGAUCCUUGUUGAAAACCUGCUUCAGUGCUCAGUACCUCAGACUGGGGAGAAGGUUCACCUUCCAAUAGGACAAUGACCCUAAGCACAUAGCCAAGACAAUACUGGAGUUGCUUCUGGACAAGUCUCUGAAUAUCUUUGAGUGGCCCAGCCAGAGCCUGGACUUGAACCCGAUCAAACAUCUCUGGAGAGAUCUGAAAAUAGCUGUGCAGCGAUGCUUCCCAUCCAACCUGACAGAGCAUCUGCAGAGAAGAAUGAGAGAAGCUUCCCAAAUACAGGUGUGCCAAGCUUGUAGUGUCAUACCCAAAUAGACUUGAGGCUGUAAUCACUGCUAAAGGUGCUUCAACAAAGUAUUGAGUAAAUGGUCUGAAUACUUGUGUAAGUGGAAUAUUUCUGUCAACCACAAAAAAUGUUUGCUUUGUCAUUAUGGGGUAUUGUGUGUAGAUUGAGGGGAAACAUUUUUCAUAAAUUUUAGAAUAAGGCUGUAACCUAACAAAAUGCGGAAAAAGUCAAGGGGUCUGAAUACUUUCCAAAGGCACUGUAUAUACUUGUUGGGUUGGGACUGGUGUGGGGGGUCAGUGCCUGGCUUUUGACCAUUCCUUUGGAUUCCUCAUGUCUAACUCAUUGUUUGAAGAAAGUGUGGCCCAAUUCAGAUGUUAGCUACUAUAUUGAAUAAAUAUUAUAUGAAUCCUAUAAAUUAAAAUGCCCAAUUUGGAUGCAAUCAGUUAGCUUUCAAAAAUAUGUUGCAUGAAUGCUAAUCUUAUGUUUCUAACAGAAAUGAUUUCAGAACGAUCAAUGAUGGUUGAUGUCUACCCUCUUUCCUCUGCUUUAGGAACAAAGUAGCACUAUGGUCGUUCCACCUUAGGAACGAAGGUGGAACGACCAUAGUGCUACUUUGUUCCUAAAGCAGUGUGAUUAAAAACCAUACUGCUACGAUGACUUGGCCCUCGUCUCAGUGAGACCAACCCGUCCUGUCGUGCUGAAGGCAUGUGGUGGUGUCUCCCCCUGCCUCUCUCGCUCUGUCUGGGGUGUAGUCCGGAAUAUUGGACCAGGCCCUGUGCACUUGUCUGGCCAUCUGGCUGUGUUCAUGUCAAUGUGAGGGAUGAUGUAUUUUAGGGCAUGAUUACGCCAUGAGGCAUCUGCCUCGCCUAUCCCAUGAUUCCCAUCGCUGGAGGCAAUUAACAUCUGAUGGGGGGGAUUUGUUGUAUUAAGCCACCACCCUUCCCCAUAAGAGGAUUUUUAGACAUUGUAUUAUUACCAUAUGUGUUAAACAAGCUACCGUUGCCUGUGUUGGCUGCCUUUGCCUGGUGAGAGGUUUGUGUCUGUCCAGGCUCCUAUGGUGUAGUCUAGUCCGGGGAUCUGUGGUGACGCUACAGUGAGUUUAUCAAAGCACAGGCGGACUGCUGUAGACCAGCAUGAGGAUCAAUCCUGUUCAGCAUUCCUAUUGGAUGAUCUCCCUGAGUUGUUGCACCACAUCCUGCACUCGCUGAGGUGCUACGACGUGUCGUGCCCUGCCAGCCCUGUGCAUGUUACUCUUUCCACUUCAAAAAAGAAACUAUUACGCCAAAAUGAUGUAUGUCUGUGUAACUGAAACAGUGGGAAGGGAUGUGUGUGAAAAAGAGGAAUUGAUCAUAAGCCCUAAAUGUACUUUUUUUGUGUGGUGAAUAUGAUGAAUAAUUAUGUUGUGUACUUUGAGGAGGAGGAGGGGGGGUUGUCAGUAAAAAUCUGGACAAUCUGAAGCCCCAAAUGUUACAUUACUAUUCUCCCUUUUUACUGUGUGGUGCAAUACCUCAAUUUUUACAAAUACAAAAGCAUAGCUAUUCUCCAGGGAUGAUAUUUUCUAUGUAUUGCAUUCUUGGCGUUUAAUCACAGGGUUCUGUUCCUCCUAGACGCUGAGCUUUGUGACGGUUAUGCUGAUAUAUUCAAUGAGAAUGUUUGUCACCACAGCGAUAUCUGCAUCCCAAGAUAUGGACAAUCUGCCUUCUCUUUGGUAUAAUAGAACAAUUACGUUUAUUUAUUAAAGUGUAAAUAUGUAUUGCAAUUCAAACUGGCUUGGUCUUUGUCUGUUCAUUUGACUGUUUCUAAGCUCCAGUCUUUUGUAUGUCUCAAAAUUGGUUUUAUAUGUAUUUUUUACAAUAAAUAUACUUUUGAGCCCUG